AUGAAUGGCAUACGAUUGAAGGAUCUCCCAAGUUUCAUUCGAGCCACUGAACUGAAUUUCAUGAUUCAUUUCGUUUUGGAAGCAAUUGACAAAGCACACGAAGCUUCGGCCAUCAUUUGCAAUACCUUCGACGCUUUAGAACAUGACGUUUUAGAAGCAUUGUCAACAAUGUACCCACCCAUACACCCCAUUAGCCCUCUUCAGUUUCUCCUCGACCAAUACUCACAAAAUCACUUGAAUUCCAUUGGAUCAAGUAUAUGGAAAGAGGAAACAGAGUGCCUUUCAUGGCUUGACUCGAAACAACCCAACUCUAUCGUUUUCAUCAACUUUGGUAGCAUUACUGUUAUGACAGCCCAACAGUUGAUUGAAUUCGCUUGGGGUCUCGCUAAUAGCAACCACACAUUCUUAUGGAUCAUUAGGCCUGAUCUGAUUGUUGGUGACUUGGCAAUUCUUCUACCAGAUUUUGUGAGUGAGACUAAAGAAAGGAGUCUAUGA